AGUCGAUGAUGGGUACCUCCACAGCCUUAGCUGUACUUAUAUUUACGACUUGCAAAGUUGUCUACUUGACUUCAACUUGGAGUGAUUUCAUGCACGACAGCGAUGGCAUCGACAAUGCACUGAGUAUCUCAGUCCCGCUGGAAACCACAGGCGAUGGAUACAAACAUAAAAUCAGCAUAGGAAGUAACAAUCAGAAUUUCGAUGUGAUGGUCACCUUGAGCAGCUCUAUGUUAUGGGUACCAAGGAUUGGAUGUACAGGUGUUGGUAGUCGCAAGCAAUUCAACUCGACGCAGUCAACUUCAUUUACGAGGGAUGGCAGACCUUGGAAACAAAAAAGUAAUGGUGGAACGAUUAAUGGCGAGCUGGGAAACGAUGUAGCCACGAUUCGCGGUUCUGCUAGUCAGCAACUGAAACCAAGAUGCACAUUUGGAAUGGCCACAAGCAUAUCAGGAGAUAUAAAGAUGACAGUGGACGGAGUUCUUGGACUUGCACCCAGCAACGACAGUUCUAACCCUACACCUAUUAAACCAUUUAUUUCUCAGCUCAUCGAAACCAAAGGUCUCCUGAAUUCGCCAAUGUUCACCAUCUUUUUGAGCCAACAGUCCGGCUCGAAUGCGGGCUCUGUAACUUAUGGUUCAAGAAACGCCAUCACUGCCAGACAGCGUCAUCGACUCUGCUACCCUUCACAAACUCCUACCAAUUUAAGAUAA